GAGUAAUUUCUCCACCACCAUCAUUUCCCAACUCCAGUCUCCAUCACAACCCCAGAGCUGAGUGCACCAUGAAGGUCACAAUGUGUAUGCUCAUCUUGUCUCUGAUUGCUAUCACUGGAGCAUGGGGAGAGCCAGUGAAGGCAAGAGAAUUUGUUUUUCAGAAAAUGCCAAUCUGUGAACACAUGGGGGAAAUCCCAGUGUGCCCCAAAUUGUAUCAACCUGUCUGUGGAACUGAUGAGAAGACCUAUGAUAAUGAAUGCCUGCUAUGUAUUGCAAGAAUGAAAACUAAACGGGAUAUCCAGAUUAUAAAGGAUGGAGUAUGCUAAAGAAGAAACACUCAAUAGAAAACUAGAUGUGGAUCUUUUCUAAUUGUUUCAGAAAUAUGAUCCCUUCUCCCUAUCCACAUUAUAUACAUUCUAUAUAAAGUGCAAUAAAGUUAAUAUGCAGAA